UGAUCAGUGUGUGUGUCACAAUCAGGGAGCUGAUCACAUGUCACAUGUACACUGAUCAUCAGGGCACUGAUGAUCAGUGUGCCUGAUGAUCAGUGGCCCCAGAACUGCCACCUGUCAGUGUCCAUCAGUGCCAGAUGCCAGUGCUGAACAGUGCCAGAUCAAUGCCACAUAUCAAUGCCUACCAGUGCACAUCAAUGCCACAUAGCAGUGCCCAUCUGAGCUGCCUUUCAGUGUCACCCAUCAGUGCCACCUAUCAAUGCCAAUCAGUGCCAUUCAGUGCCGCCUAUCAGUGCCAUUAAGUGCCACCUAUCAGUGUGCAUCAGUGCCCGUCAGUGCCUCCUAUCAGUGCCGCCUAACAGUGCCAGUCAGUG